GUUGCCAGUCUUAAAAUUUCCCUUUGUUAUUGCAAAUGUUAUAUAUGCUUUAUUUGCAUGAACCAGUGCUGUAGUAGACAUAAAUGCAGUCCUCUAGGCUAAACCACAUCCCCGCCCUAAGAUAACUACAUACACAUUUGCCUGACUGAGACAUAUGUUCCUAUUUAUAGAGCUGGUGUGGUACAACUCAGUACAAGAGUUUCCUAGCAGAUCAAGUGGGAGAGUUUGAAGGAGUUUGAAGGUUUGACGGACACAGAAACAAGGCUAUGAAAAAGUUAUUAAUCUGCUCUUUUAAAACUCUUCUAUGGCAUGGAUGAGGAAUCUUCAGUGCUCUUUUGUAAGGGGAACUACAUUGACAAGAUUUUGAAGAUUUUUUUAUAUACAAAGGAUACUUUACUGAACCUCAGGAAUAUUUUGCAUUCACUUCUAUCAAUAUAUAGUCAAAGGUAUGGCAUAUUUUUUUAAGAGACAGAAUUGACAAUAUUUUAAUAUAUUACAUAUCAAUAUAUUAAAAUAUAACUGAACUUUUUUGUAAAACCCUUGGUUUAAAUUAUUCACGUUUAGAGAGAAACAAACAACACAAGAACUAAAAAUCUGAUCCACACACUGAGUUUCAAAGUGUGACAGGAAAGCACAGAAUAAGACUGGUAAUUAAAGGGCAUCUAAAAAAAGACCUGGACAGAGGGCGAGGCUGUGGAGUCAUAUGUGGAGGCAUAGUAACACUGAUUCUAAAAGAAGAGCUGUUUAAAUCCAUCCAGCCUGCACCAAGAAGAUCUGCUGAUGGAUCCCUAUGGAGGUCACUACCUGAACCGAGACGCAGUGCUAUCUUUACUGGGUGUUGCUCGCAUGUGCCAACUGAUAUUGGGCUGCACCACGAUGGCUUUGGUGGCUCACAGCGCAGGCUUCAGUGCCACCUAUGGCACCUUCUGCAUGUUUGUGUGGUGCUUCUGUUUCGCCAUGACAUUGAUUAUUUUUGUUCUUGAUGUGGUUCGCCUGCAUGGCUGCGUGCCAAUCUCCUGGGACAAUUUCACUGUGGCCUUUGCCAUGCUUUCCACAUUAAUGUACAUCACAGCUUCCGUUGUGUACCCUGUAUAUUUCCUCGGCAAUGAAUGCCCGACUGAAGGCUGUGAAGUGCGCAACUAUCGCAUUGCUGUUACCGUCUGCUCCAGCAUCUGUUCUUUUGCCUAUAGUGCUGAGGUUCUCCUCACACGUGCCAAACCAGGCCAUGUAGUUGGUUACAUGUCCACCUUGUCAGGUCUGCUAAAGGUAGUUCAGGCCUUCAUUGCUUGCAUAAUUUUUGGUGCUCUGGCAAACGACAGUGAGUACCAUCGGCACAUUCCCACACAGUACUGUGUAGUGGUCUACAGUCUAUGCUUUGCCAUUACAGUGGUAGUGGUGAUUCUGACAGUCUCAGGAAGGACGAUAGUUCUGAGGCUGCCAUUUGACCGCUUUGUGAUUAUAUACACUUUCCUGGCAGUCCUGCUGUACAUGAGUGCUGCUGUGGUGUGGCCGGUCUUCAGUUUUGAUAAGAAGUAUGGCUCUCCUGGGCGACCGGAUGAUUGCCCCCAGGGAAAAUGCCCAUGGGACAGCAAGCUUGUGGUGGCAGUGUUCACCUUUGCCAACCUGGUGCUGUACGUCAUUGACCUACUGUACUCUCAAAGAAUCCGAUUUGUCUCACAGUCAGCUCCCUAAAAUAGCAUUUCUGCUUCUACUUGCUUAAAAUAAUGUUCUUAUACAAGUGCUUAUACAAAUAUAGCCACUAAUACUGAGUCAUUUCAUGUCUCUGAAUUUUACGAUAGAUAGAUAGAUAGAUAGAUAGAUAGAUAGAUAGAUAGAUAGAUAGAUAGAUCUAUGACUGCUUCUAUGUAAUGGAAAACCUGUUAUAGCUUUAUUUUCAUGUAUACCUUUCAAUUUUACUUAGUAACAUGAUUAAAAUCAGUCAAAUCUUGAAUUUAUCGUUUUUUUUUAAGGUUCUUUAUCUCCAGUUAUCAAAUCCAUUGAUUUAGAUGAUUAUGGGAACAUAUGAUUUUAUAGUACACUUGUUUUUUUUUUUUUUUACAACAAACCAAAUUCAAGCUUAUUUUUUCAAGCAUGUAUCAUGGUACUGGAUGUGUACUUUGUUUCUGAAUUCCUUCCACUUGAAACAGGGCCCUUUGUUAUACCUGACUGUACAUUCAUUCAUUCAUUUUCUAACACUUAUCCGAACUACCUCGUCUCACGAGGAGCCUGUGCCUAUCUCAGGUGUCUUCGGGCAUCAAGGCAGGAUACACACUGGACGGAGUGCCAACCCAUCGCAGGGCAUGAUUGUACAUUAAAACUAUUAAAUGUAUAUAUUGUACUGCUAGUUACCUUUCUGGGUUUCACUAAUUUAGCUGAUACAAAGUUGGACUGUUUGAAGAAAGUAAAUGCAUACAUCAUUAAUAGAUAUAUCUUUAACAAAAAACUCAUGGACAUUUUCACUUUUUCAGUGAAAAGUGAAUUUCAGACAGGAAAUGGUCUAUUACAGUUUUAGAAAUAUUUUAAUGAAGAUUCAUAGAUUUCCAACACUAUGGUUGACUAUUUCCUGCCUGAAUUUAGUAAAAUGUCUAAAAACAAAAAAAUGCCUAUCGUAUGUAUAAAAAUAUCGUACGAUACAAAAAUGUAUGUAUAUAUUUGGCUUAUAUUUUUAUACUACAUCAUUUUGACUAUAUUCAAAAUAUUUUCAUUUUUAAACUUUGCGAUGCUUAUAGCAUACAUUGAGACCACUACUCAAUCUUAGGAACCAAAUUAAAAUUCAGCACCUAAUUAGCUACCCAGAUAAAGGUUCACCAGAUCAUUACCUACACUGUAUCAGUUCCAUUUGGUACUCUGAUCAGGAGACACUUCAAAGAAGUUCAGGGGCAUAAAAAGAUAAGCAUUGCACAAUAUAAGAUCCUUUUACCAUCAUUCAACCAGACGCAAUUACCAUCCAAAUAACCUAUGUCUGUGAUGCUGUACUUUGCUUCUAUUCUCUGUAUCUUGUUUUUGUGUUUUGUAAAAUAAAACAACUGAACACAUUUUUCUCUAAAUAAUCAGUAGUUCUGCAGGACAGUA